UGAAUAUGUUGUGUUGCCGCCUUGGCAAUGGGCCUACAGCCGGGGCGAAUGGCGGAGGGCAGUGAGAGAUUGUAUUGGCUUUGCCGGAUUUGCUUAGGCAACAGUUUGGCAGGCUUUCCAUCCAAUACCGCAUUAGCAGGAAAUAUGUCAGGGUGUCAGUUUUUGGGAGAAGACUGGAGAAUGUAAGAAUCUAGGCUUAAGGAGGCACCUGCUUAAAUAAGUAGGAGCGGGCUCAAAAGACACACACACACACGACUCAGUCGUUGGAUUCCUUCCCUCUAAGCCCAAGGAUGUGCCAAUGUCGCACUACACAAAACUAUUUUGUCCGAUCUGCUGAGAAGCACUUCUCGUACACUGGCGAUGACGCUUCGUUCUUGGAGGAGCAUCGCCAGGAGCUCCAGGACCUCGGCGUGUCGGAGGAGGAGGUCCUCAAAGAUCUACGGAGGCAGCGCCAGGAGCGUCUCAAGGCACCAGAGGAGUCGUUGCAGCGGGUGCAGCGCAUCCAGAACGAGUACACCCCUUUGCGGCCAGAGGUUUACAAGCUGGAUGAGCUUUCCUACCUGCAAGAUGGCUUUCGUCAACUUGUCGCGGAGAUGCGCAAGCCAGGAGCCAAGGUGAUCUCAGGAGCGAAAGAACGAAAGAUCUUGGAAGAGGUUCGGCCAGGAAUUUGGACUUUCCCAGUCUUUACAGAGGCCUUUUGUGAUCAACUGGAAUGUGAACUCCGCAAUUUUCAUGAUUCCGGCUUGCCGCGCACCGCGCCCAACACCAUGAACCGAUUCGGCAUCAUUAUGUCUGAGUUGGGCUUUUGUGAGCAUUUGCUUGAUCCUUUGGUCUUUGAGUAUGUGAAUGUGGUGGCCACGCGACUUCUCCCUGCCUUUUGUGAAUGCUUGGACUCCUACCGCGCCUUCACAGUCCUUUACGAGGCGGAGCGGGAUGGUGACAAAGAGUUGGCCAUGCACUACGACAAUGCAGAGGUCACUCUGAAUAUCAACAUCGGUGGUACAUGGGAUGGUGGCAAUGUGGUCUACUACGGCUUGGCAACCAGUGCUGAAGGUCCCCCCAUGGAAGCCACCCUGCGGCGUGGCUGGGGCGUGCUUCACGCUGGCUUAGAGCUUCAUCGAGCAACGCCCAUCUCGCAGGGGCGCCGGCACAAUCUGAUCCUUUGGUGCCGAUCCUCAGGGGUGCGGAAUGACUUGUGCCCCAUGUGCUUCAAGCAGCCCAUUGUUGUCCCUACUAAUCGUUACUACCAUGAAGGAUUUACAGUGCCUCCCUGUGAUCAAUCUUCGAGCAUUUCGCGCGACAUGUCAACGGACGACCUCUAUGAUUGAAUUGCGAACCCGUGCAAAGCCGGCAUAGAUGUUUUUCUGUGUUCAACUUGCAGUUGGAAUGGCUGUAUCACCCUCCACGAGCACCAAAAAGGACUAUAUAGUGUCUACUGAGUCACAGAGCUGGCCAGAAACAAAUGCCGUUUGGACUGGCCUGUGGAUCUAAUUAUGACACGCAGCCGUGCAAUGUGUACAGAAACUUGCUUGCUACAGAGCCAGGCUGCGAAGGAGCCAAACAUUGGCUGCGGACAUAAACGAUCUGCAAAACAAGGGCCAUGGGAGCAUGA